CAACUACACUGAACCUGAGCGGUUUUAAUUGUAAGGCCGUGCAAUCAAAUCCAAUGACUCUUCAUCUAUUAGGAAUCGCACCCGAUACAAAACCUGUACCUGUUGGAACAUCAUCAAAGAUAUUCUGGAAUACACCGGUCGUCUCAGAUAUGAAGCCAGGAUUUAAAUAUCCGGUAAAUGAUGGUACAAUUUAUUUAGAAAGUUCAGGAUUUUACUUUGUCACUUCACAAGUAAAAGUGAUGUUUGGAAACAUGAGUAGUACCGUUGAUGCUGUUGACAUAUUCGGACACUAUGUGGAUUUGAUCUCGAAUAAAGGCGUUGGUUACACGCUUGUUGGAAACACAAAAUCAAGAUGUAAAACUAUUCAAGAUGAGUCAGAGUAUACAAGUAUUGUCGGGGCUGUAUUUAAACUACAAAAAAGGAGAUCGGAUGUAUGUUGUCAUAUACCAGCCUCAGCAUCUGGCACAGGACCAAAGCAAGAGUUAUUUUACAGUAGCAUCAACAGUAUUUUAUUACCUAUUUCUGGUUGAAAUUAUGCAAAACAAAUGAACUGCUGUGUAUCUUUGGAAGGACAACUCAAUUUUGCACAAGUUUUAAGAGUACGUUAAAAAAGCAUCAGUUCUAUAAGUACAAAUAACUGAGUUUAAGUUGACCUUACGGACAAAUGUUAUAUAAAUAGAAAUACUAUUUUGGAAUGAGUUGAAAUGCUACUUAAGUGAAUAUUUAUAAUAUUACCAUAAUUGUUUUCGUUUUAGUAAAAUACGAGCAUCAUUUACAGUAUAACGUUUCAUAUUAAGUAUGAUUUAAAAUGGUAAUAUUUAAACACACACACACACACACACACACACACACACACACACACACACACAAUUCCUGCCGAAAUGAAUUGUUCCUCUUUUUCAGACGAUCUUUGGCUAUGAUUUUUACAUACAUGUAGUUUGAAAGAUUGUGCUUAGAUUCUUUUUAUCACAUUAUCUAUAUUGAUUAUCUAUAUAUGCAAAUCGAAAUAUAGUUUAAGAAAGAACAUGGAUGUCAUUGAUAUGGAAUAAAGUACUCUCCUAUAUAAAAUCCAUGGUGAUAAGACCUGGUU